CCCCGGCCUGCAGGGCGCGUGAAGUUCGCAGCGCCCGGGAGGAGAGAAGACGGGCGGCGUGCCAUGGCGGUCGCGCUCCCGGAGGUGGUGGAAGAGCUCCUGAGCGAGAUGGCCGCCGCUGUGCGAGACAGCGCGAGAAUUCCCGACGAGCUUCUCUUAUCGCUGGAGUUUGUGUUUGGGUCAUCGGCCAUCCAGGCCUUGGACCUAGUCGAUCGAGAGUCCGUCACUUUAAUCUCAUCACCCAGUGGAAGGCGUGUUUACCAGGUGCUAGGGAGUUCUGGCAAAACAUAUACAUGUCUGGCUUCCUGUCAUUACUGCUCGUGCCCAGCAUUCUCCUUCUCAGUGUUACGGAAGAGUGACAGCCUGCUGUGUAAGCAUCUUCUGGCAAUUUACCUUAGUCAGCUUCUGAGGAACUGCCAGCAGCUCCAUGUGUCUGACAAGCAACUGACAGACCUAUUGAUGGAGGACACAAGAAGGAUAAAAGGUGCGGCUGGAACAUGGACUUCAAAGACAGAAGCCUAGCAGGAAACGCAUUCACAUCUCACGGUGCCCGAGGUGGAGGAAUGGGAUGCACUUCCAGACUUGUGACUGUCACUUCACCCUCACAGGCUAGGCUGCAGAGGGUCUGUGUGGUUAAGAGCCCUCUAUGGUCUUAAUAUUAGCCAGCCUCUGAGCCCUGCAGGUAGAAAUGUCCCUUGGGAGAAUUAAGUAUUGUUGACUCAAAUAAAGCCUGAGCCAUGUUGUAUCUGCAA